AUGAAACGUGAGGAGUUCAUUUCAACUAAGCCUCUAGAACACGCGACUUUUAAAAGGUUAAAAAAUACUGACGGCGAAAGAGUAAAUUGAUUUAAAAUAUGUUGGAUAAGAUUUUUAAGAAGCGAUUCAUAUAAGUUAUUCUACAAAACGACAACAAACGAGGAUGCAUCAUUCAAAACAUUGAAUAUCAAGUAAUAAUAUCAAGUUGGCACCACUAUACAAAAAAACGGGACCACUCACAAAUCUAAAAUACAAGGACUUAAUGGAUUUAUUACAUUAUAUACCACCUGCACACCAUAGUUAUUUUAAAUCCCUCCCGCAUACACAAACUGGAGAAGACUGA